GACUCCUUAUGGUGGGCUAUAAAGAAUCUUCACACACCAGAAAACUGAAGAGAAAGACUGAAAAAGGGAAAACAAUCGAAUGAAUUCUUGCUCAGGAAGAAGACCCAGAAUCAUGGCUUCCUCAUUAUCGUCUUUACCUCAGACCACCAUCUCCGAUAUCCUCUCUAGGCUGCCCGUCAAAUCCCUAAUCCGAUUCAAAUCCGUUUCCAAAAACUGGGCCGACCUCACUUCAACCCCGGCCUUCAUCGCCGCCCAUCUACGCCGCUCGUCGCCCGACCCGAAUCUCCUCAUCCGUCGGUACCACUCCCAAACCGGAUCGGACCACGGAAUCUGGCUUAUCACUGACCCAACCCUAAAUUUCCGCACCCAGCUACUGUGUGCCCCCUUGGAGGAAUCGCUCGUUUGUUUCCCCAAAAUCGUGGGUUCCGUCGAUGGUUUGGUUUGUCUCGAUAUUUCCCCUUGUUAUGCUUCUGAUUUCGUUAUGUGGAACCCUGGAACCAAACAGUUUAAAAAUCUCCCUUUGCCUUUGAUUACUUCCUCGAGGGAUAGCCCUAUUUGGAUGGUCUUUCUUGGGUUCGGCAUUGAUUCCUUUAACAAUGAUUAUAAACUGGUCAGGAUCGUUUCUUUUAGAGGAAAUGAUGAGUCGCCUCUUCUAAGGGUUGAAGUUUAUUCAUGGAGAGAGGGGGUUUGGAAAGAAAUAGAAGAGCGUUUCGAGUUAGCUCUGUUAUGUGGAGGGCAAGAUGGAGUUUUUGUUGAUGGUAGCUUGAAUUGGCCAGCCAUUGGUUUACAAAGGUUCGCUGAUCGGAAGGUUGUCGUCUCGUUCGACAUGGGAAGAGAGGUGUUUAAGACUAUACCAUUGCCACCGGCUACUCGGAACGGUAAUGUUAAAGUUGUUUCUUACAUGGGAUUACUGGCUGUUGCUGUAUAUCCCUUAAUUUUCGCUGCUAAUGGUAAUAAUAUGAAUCGGUUCGAGUUUUGGGUACUAAGUGAUUGUGAAGAUGGGAUGAAACGAUGGGCUAAUUUGGUUGUGGUUGAGAAUUUUUUGAAGUCUUUGGUUCCGGUGGGGACAUGGAGAGACCGUGAGUUGGUGUUCAAAUAUACUGGAGUUAGAGACCGAGAACAUCAGUCGAGUAUCUUUUUGUUCGACCCGGUUGAUCAAAGAACGACAAGGCUUGCAAUUGAUUGUGUUGAUUUCUGUUUUGAAGGUUUAAGUCAUGUGGAGAGCUUGGUGCCUGUCAAUUACACGAGCUGAUGAUGAUAGUGGAGCAAAAAGCAUAUCAGAAUUUAGGUAAUUUUGGCCUAUUUCUACCUGUCAAGGCUUUUAGUGUUUAAUUAGGUAUAAAACUGGUUGAAGGCUUUAGUUGAAAUAUCUCCUUUUGAUUUCAUAAAUGAAUAUGGAUGGAUAUCUUGUUUAUA